GUGGGAGGGGCUUCUCCCAGGAAGGGGUCGCUCUGUGGGUCGGAAGUUUGCAGGAAGUGGGGAGGGGGCAGCAGGAGCCCCUGGAGAAGCGAGAGGUUUCAGAAAGGUGAAAAGGGGCGCCAGUCGACCACGGACCCCCCUUCUCCGCUUUGCAUUGCAAGAAAGGAAAUCGAAAUAGCUACGAAGGGAGGCGGAGGGUCAGAGGAGAAAGAGGGAAGCUGCUGCAUUGGAUGCUGGGAGCUCCAGAGCUCCAGACCCCUUGAUCUGCAUUCUUCCAAGCCAGACCAUUGGUCCACUGGGAGAGGAGAGCAGAGGGGCACUUGAAGGAGUCCGAGGCUUCUAGUCAAAGCAAUUGGAGCCUCGGGUGAAGCCCCUGAAUGAGACCAGCCUGAGAAGAAAGAGUGUCCGACAAGGACCUGGGAGGCAGGGGGUUAAAUUCCCCUGGGGGAUCUUGCCUCUUGGCCUCACCUACCUCCUUGGAGGAAAAGGGGGGGUUGAUAAAUGACGAGUGAAACAAAAGACGACAGAGCAGAGACAGACAAAUGCAUCAGGAAGAUGUUCCAGAUCAUAGAGGAAGGAGAAAGCAAAAUGCAGAUAAUUAGUAUUUUCAGAGAAACCUCAGCAGAGAAGGUUUUUUGGGGCUCAGUGUGACUUGGGAGUUCAAGGUGGGCGUGGAUACCAAGGGGUCUUUAGACGAUUUUUCAGGGAUUAUGAUUGACAUCUGUACUCCAGCAACCAUAUGAAUCCAAGGUUCCCACAGUAAAAGAAGGUCUGGAUGAUGUCCCCAAAGGUGCCUGGCUUAUAUUCCAGAAGAUGGCCUGGGGGUGUUCCAGAAAGGAGUGUCUCUCAGGUUCUGAGUCGGAAAGGGAGCCAGGUUAUGGAGGAGACAGUGUGUCAUCUGUAAUUUCAUUUGGAAAUACGAAGAGACCAUUUAAAUGUGGUGAAUGUGGAAUGUGCUUCAGUCCAUGUGCACAGUUAAUAAACUCACAUCAAUAAACUCACAGAGUGGGGAAACCGUUUAAAGGUAUGGAGUGUGGAAAGAACUUCAGACAAACUUCAUCUCUUACUUCACAUCAUCUAACUCACAUGAGUGAGAAACCCUACAAAUGUAUGCAGUGUGGAUGGAAAUUCAGUAUGAGUAGACAACUUCUUGUACAUCAAAGGAUUCACGCAACAGAAAAACCAUUUAAAUGAGUGUGGGAAGAGCUUCUGUCAUCGCAUAACGCUAAGCAAACAUCAACGGACUCACACAGGGGUCAAAUAUUUAAAGGUAUGGAGUGUGGAAAGAGCUUCAACACUAGUGGAGUGCUUAGAAACCAUCAAUGGACUCACACAGGGGAGAAACCAUUUAAAUGUAUGGACUGUGGAAAGAGCUUCAACACUAGUAAAGUGCUUAGAAAACAUCAAUGGACUCACACAGGGAAGAAACCAUAUGAAUGUAUGGAAUGUGGAAAGAGCUUUCGUUCAGGUGAUCAUCUGAAUUUACAUCAUAGAACUCACACAGGGGAGAAACCAUUUAAAUGUAUGGACUGCGGAAAGAGCUUCACACAUAAUGGAAACCUUAGAAAACAUCUACGGAGUCACACAGGGGAGAAACCAUUUAAAUGUAUGGAGUGUGGAAAAAGCUUCAGUCAGAGUUCAUCACUUAAUAGACAUCAUCAAACUCACAUUGGUAAAAAACCCUACAAAUGUAUGCAGUGUGGGUUGAUAUUCAGUAUGAGUAUACAACUUACGGUACAUCGAAGGAGUCACACAGCAGAAAAACAAUUUACAUGUGUGGAGUGUCGAAAGAGCUUCACCUAUAAGGCAAACCUUAGCAACCAUCAACAGACUCACACAGGGGAGAAACCAUUUAAAUGUAUGGGCUGCGGAAAGAGCUUCACACAUAAUGGAAACCUUAGAAAACAUCUACGGACUCACACAGUGGAGAAACUAUUUAAAUGUAUGGAGUGUGGAAAGAGCUUUCUUUCAGAUGAACAUCUGACUUUACAUCAUCGAACUCACACAGGGGAGAAACCAUUUAAAUGUAUGGACUGCGGAAAGAGCUUCACACAUAAUGGAAACCUUAAAAAACAUCUACGGACUCACACAGGGGAGAAACCAUUUAAAUGUAUGGGCUGCGGAAAGAACUUCACACAUAAUGGAAACCUUAGAAAACAUCUACGGACUCACACAGUGGAGAAACUAUUUAAAUGUAUGGAGUGUGGAAAGAGCUUCAACACUAGUGGAGUGCUUAGAAACCAUCAAUGGACUCACACAGGGGAGAAACCAUUUAAAUGUAUGGACUGUGGAAAGAGCUUCAACACUAGUAAAGUGCUUAGAAAACAUCAAUGGACUCACACAGGGAAGAAACCAUAUGAAUGUAUGGAAUGUGGAAAGAGCUUUUGUUCAGGUGAUCAUCUGAAUUUACAUCAUAGAACUCACACAGGGGAGAAACCAUUUAAAUGUAUGGACUGCGGAAAGAGCUUCACGCAUAAUGGAAACCUUAGAAGUCAUCUACGGAGUCACACAGGGGAGAAACCAUUUAAAUGUAUGGAGUGUGGAAAAAGCUUCAGUCAGAGUUCAUCACUUAAUAGACAUCAUCAAACUCACAUGGAUAAGAAAACCUACAAAUGUAUGCAGUGUGGGUUGAUAUUCAGUAUGAGUAUACAACUUACGGUACAUCGAAGUAGUCACACAGCAGAAAAACAAUUUACAUGUGUAGAGUGUGGAAAGAGCUUCACCUAUAAGGCAAACCUUAGCAACCAUCAACGGACUCACACAGGGGAGAAACCAUUUAAAUGUAUGGGCUGCGGAAAGAGCUUCACACAUAAUGGAAACCUUAGAAAACAUCUACAGACUCACACAGUGGAGAAACUAUUUAAAUGUAUGGAGUGUGGAAAGAGCUUUCGUUCAGAUGAACAUCUGACUUUACAUCAUCAAACUCACACAGGGGAGAAACCAUUUAAAUGUAUGGACUGCGGAAAGAGCUUCACACAUAAUGGAAGCCUUAGAAAUCAUCUACGGACUCACACAGGGGAGAACCCAUUUAAAUGUAUGGACUGCGGAAAGAGCUUCACACAUAAUGGAAACCUUAGAAAACAUCUACGGAGUCACACAGUGGAGAAACUAUUUAAAUGUAUGGACUGCGGAAAGAGCUUCACAAAUAAUGGAAACCUUAGAAUACAUCUACGGACUCACACAGGGGAGAAACCAUAUGAAUGUAUGGAAUGUGGAAAGAGCUUUCGUUCAGGUAACCUUGUAAAUUUACAUCAUCGAACUCACACAGGGGAGAAACCAUUUAAAUGUAUGGAGUGUGGAAAGAGCUUUGGUCAAAAGGGAACUCUAAGCCUACAUCUACGAACUCACACAGGAGAAAAAUGAUCUAAAUGUAUGGAGUGUGGAAAUAGCUUCAGUCACAGUCAAACUCUAAGAGUACAUCAACAGACUCGCACGGGAGAAAAACCAUUUAAAUGUAUGUAGUGUGGAAAGAGCUUCUGUCAUAGUGGAAUGCUAAGAAAUCAUCAAAGGACUCACACAGGGGAGAAACCAUAUACAGCAAAUGUAUGAAGUGUGGAAAGAACUUCAGUCUAAAGGAAACUAAGAGUACAUUAACAAACUCACACAGGUGAGAAACCAUUUAAAUGUAUGGAGUGUGGAAAGAACUUCAGUCAGAGUGGACACCUUACAAAACAUCAAUGGACUCACAAAGGAAGAAACAUUUAAAUUCCAGGAGUGCAGAAACGGCUUCUGUUUAAUGGAGUACUUACAAAAUGUUUACAGACUUAUAUGGAAGGAACCAUUUAGAUGUAUGGAGUGUAGAAAGAUUUUUCCUCAACAAGAAGAGGAGGAGGAGGAGGAGUUUGGAUUUGAUAUCCCGCUUUAUCACUACCCUAAGGAGUCUCAAAGCGGCUAACACUCUCCUUUCCCUUACUCCCCCACAACAAACACUGUGUGGGGUGAGUGAGGCUGAGAGACUUCAGAGAAGCGUGACUAGCCCAAGGUCACCCAGCAGCUGUAUGUGGAGGAGCGGAGACGCGAACCCGGUUCAGCAGAUUACGAACCACCGCUCUUAACCACUACACCACACUGGCUCUCUCAAGGGUUCAUUUCUUCCUUCUAAUGAACAGGCUCCUAUAGGUGGAAAUCAAAUUUAAAUGCAUCCCAUAUAUGUGAUGAUCUGGUGUUUCAAUGUAAAGUUGUACUUUCAUGUAGUAAUCAAGGUAACGUAUCACAAUAGUUAGUAAAGGAUAAGUAGCUUUGUACAGUGUACCUCAGGUUACGAACAGCCUCGUCGAUGAUCAUUUUGGAUUAUGACCAUUUCAAACCCGGAAAUGAGUUGGUUAAACUAGAAUUAUAGGAAUGGCAGCAUGACAUGCAUUAUUUUAAUUGCGGCCCAGGACCCACGUACCUACGGGACCGCCUCUCCCGGUACACUUGGUGGAGGACCUUAAGGUCCACAAAUGACAACAUUUUGGAGGUUCCAAGUGACAAGGUGGUUAGAUUGGUCUCAAUCUAAAAGCCAGGGCCUUUUCAGUACUGGCCCCAACUUGGUGGAAUGCUCUGUCACAAGAGACUAGGGCCCUGCGGGACUUGACAUCUUUCCGCAGGGCCUGCAAGACAAAGCUGUUCCACCUGGCCUUUGGUUUGGACUCAGUCUGACCGUUGUGUUUGCCUCCUCUUACGGUUUU